GUAACAUGUCUGAGUAGUACUGUGUAUUGAUUAGAAGACUAAAUAUACUACACUGGCGACAAGGAUGGCAGUGAAUGACACAUUCGGGUUGUUUGUAAGAAUGGGUAGCUACUACCCGUCGUCGUCAUCUUGGAAAACGUAUGAGGAAUGCCUGGAGCAGUUUCUAGUGGAAACAGGUAACAGCGAAGACGAGGCGCGGAAGAAGACAGUCUUCCUGACAGUUAUUGGAGAACACACAUACAUGGUUUUACGUAACCUCGUACACCAAGACAAACCCGCAGACAAAGGGUAUGCUCGCUGAAGAGACACUUCCAACCUCGGCCCAUAGUCAUCGCCGAACGCUUCAAGUUUCACAGAAGGAACCAGAAACAAGAGAAUCAGUGAAAGAGUUCAUAAUGGCUUUGAGGAAGUUGAGUGAAUGUUGCCAAUUUUGUGGGUUUCGUGAGGAAGCAUUGAGAGACUGCCUGGUGUGCGGACUACAAAAUGACGCUAUUCAAAGGAAACUGCUAGCAGAAGAGAAACUGUUUCUAGACAAAGCAUUCAAGAUAGCUAUCUCAAUGGAGCUGGCAGCACGGCAAGCAGUGGAUUUACAGAAAGCAGUAGAAACCAGACAUGCGACAUCAAUAGACAAACAGACAAACACCAUGAGAGUGACACAGAGACUGCCACAGAAGAGUCAGGAAGGAAACAGACCGAACAUGGAACACAGAAAUAAUGUAUCCAAUCAGGGUAUAAGACACCCAGGAAACCGUGUUGAAGGUGUGGCAAACCUAACCACAAUCAGGCAGUUUGUUAUUUUUGUCAAAAGGAGUGUUGGAAACGUCAAAGGAAGGACAUACAUUGAGUCAAUGCAUAGGGAGUAUGGCCAAGGCUCAGUAUCUGAGUAAUGAAGAGGAUGGCAGCGAUAGUGAGCUAGUUCGUCAUGAACAGUUGAUUUGAUCCAGUUAUGAAACAAUAUGCAAGAUGCAGCCGUGGAUGGUACCUGUUUAAUUGAAUGACAAGCAAUUACAAAUGGAGCUGGACGCAGGGGCAUCCAGUACGAUCGUUUCUCAUCAGAAGUUCAAGAAAUUAUUGAUUGAGAAGGAUAGG